CUCCCUCUCUCGCGCGCGCGCACAUCUGUACUGGGCUGCUGUGUGGUUUCUGGGCUGCUGUGUGGUUUCUGGGCAUUAGCCUCCUGACUCUGGAGAUGUUUAGGAGCUGUGUGUAUCCUGUGCGCACGCGCAGAGACACGUGAUGGAUGAAAGAGUUUAUUCUUCUUCUUGUGUUGAUGAGAAGAGGAGAAGGUCUUAGCAGGAACUUCAGAGGAACAUUACAGAGAGAUGGCGAGCGAUCGUAUGGCCAUCCUGACUGACGAUGAGGAGGAACAGAAGAGGAAAUAUGUCCUGGCUGAGCCGUUUAAUACCUUGUCACUGGGGACAGCAAACAGCACUCCAUCUAGUCAAACACCAUCAACUACCUCCAUCGACUCCCUGCCCCCGCCAUCCUCUUCCAGUACAGACUGCCUGGAGCGGAUCUGCCUAAGGAUAGAUGAGCGCCUCCUGAUCGCCAAGAUCUUCUACUUCUUUUUCUAUGCUGCAUACGGUUCCCUGCACCCGCUCCUGGCUGUCUACUACAAGCAGCUGGGCAUGACACCGAGCCAGAGUGGCCUCCUGGUGGGGAUCCGCUACUUCAUCGAGUUCUGCAGCGCGCCAUUUUGGGGUGUAGUAGCUGACCGCUUCAACAAGGGCAAGGCUGUCCUGCUGUUCUCCGUUUUCUGCUGGGUGGUGUUCAACUGUGGUAUCGGCUUCGUCAAGCCAGCAGACAUGACUUGUGUAGCGCAUGAAUCAGAAAAUGCAACAACUCCAAAUCCCUCAGGAAACCACACCAGAAACCGCCGAUACCUCAUAGGGGAUUUGUUCGGCAUGCCAUCAACAUUUCAGACUUUGUCUGGAGAUGAUGGCUCUCUUACUCGAGUUGUAAGAAGUGAUAACACAAGCACUACAUUUACGCCUAAACAUUACACUAUAACUUACAAUAAAAGCCAAGUGGAGACCAUCUUCCUCGUGAUUCUGCUGGUGAUCAUCAUUGGGGAGUUCUUCAGCACACCAGCAGUGACCAUCGUUGACACCAUGACCCUGCAGUACCUGGGAAGGCAGCGUGACCGCUACGGCCUCCAAAGGAUGUGGGGUUCUCUAGGUUGGGGUAUAGCCAUGCUAUCUGUAGGCAUCUGGAUCUCCCACACACACAUCACCCUGAUCAUCCAGGGGUCUGGCUGCACCUUGCCGGACUACAAGAACUAUCAGAUUGCCUUUAUCAUCUUUGGCGUGCUGAUGACUGUUGCCCUUAUCAUUGCCACGCAGUUCCGAUUUGACUCCAAGUCUGGAGCUGAUCCACCAGAACCGGAUGUGAAACAGCCGGUGGAAAUCCCUCAUGUGGUCCAGAACACAUCUGAGUCCAGCUUGGAGGAAGUCCCGGUGUGUCCCAGGUCUAACAACCGUCCCACAUUUCCAUUCAAGGAAAUGAUGCGUCUGCUGUGUGGGAUCCGUUACAGCUCGGUGCUCUUCGUGGCCUGGUUCAUGGGCUUUGGCUACGGCUUCGUAUUCACAUUCCUGUACUGGCACCUGGAGGACCUGAAAGGGACCACCACGCUGUUCGGGGUAUGCUCUGUGCUCAGCCAUACCUCCGAGCUCGCCGCCUACUUCAUUAGCCACAAACUCAUCGAACUUGUCGGCCACAUCAGAGUGCUGUACAUCGGCUUGGCCUGUAACACCAUACGCUACCUGUACAUCUCCUACCUGGAGAACGCUUGGGUCGUUCUGCCCAUGGAGGUCCUACAAGGUCUGACCCACGCGUCCGUGUGGGCGGCGUGUAUCUCGUACCUGAGUGCGGCGGUCCCCCCGGCUCUGAGGACGUCUGCGCAGGGAAUCUUGCAGGGCGUCCACCUGGGACUGGGGCGUGGCUGUGGCGCCAUGAUCGGAGGAGUGCUCGUCAACUACUUCGGUGUGGCUGAAACGUUCAGAGGUUUAGGAAUGGCGUCUCUCAUCAUCCUGCUCAUCUUCGCCCUCAUCCAGAGCCUCAUCGGGCCGAGCGAUGACCGGCGAGACACGAUGGUGGCUGAGAACAUUCCGGUACCUUCCAGUCCUGUUCCCAUCGCCACCAUCGACUUGGUGCAGAGCCAGAGGCAACCGGAGAUGAGGGUCGAGAUGAACAACACCAACCCCGCUGCAGCUCCCACUGCCAAGAAGACCAAGUUCCAGGAAGAGCAGGAGGAUGUGAACAAGCCAGCGUGGGUGGUGUCCACUUCUUCUCCAUGGGUCACCAUGUCCUAUGUCUUUUACCAGAUCAAAGACAUGGCAUCCAGUAUCAGGAGCAACCUUCCAGCAGGAGAGCCCUGCCCACAGGGGGUGUGUCCAAAAGCCAAUAAUAAAGAGAGUGGCGAGCAGGUGUCUGCAGCACCACCUGCUGGAGAACCUCCUCAAGGUCCUUCCAGCAGUGCUCCAGAGCAGAUCUCUUCACCUGCUCCUCCUGAACAGCCCGUCUCCGAUCCCACAGACUCAGGAGAAUCAUCAGAAGAUCCACAGCUUUCUGCCAAAGAGCCUGAGCCUACACCCACCCCAGACUCGCCUCCGGACCCCCCUGAUCCAUGAGCCCUGGAACUCAACAACACAAAAACUGCUUUUUAACUAUUUUAUAAUGUAAAUAUGGAGUACUGUGCGAAGGUCUAAACUGCACCCAUUAAACCCUGCUGUGUUUCUCGUCUCAUAUCGGAACACAGACACACAACAUUCUCCAGAAAUCUCACACACUGACCAUCAGGCUGCUUUCACACUUGACAUCAACCAACACCGUGUUUCAUUAUGCAGUGUUCAGAAAGAGACAGGAGAUCCUCGUGCACAACAGUGAGCACUGAAAAGAAGAUGGAUGGCCAACCCUGCGGCGUUUGUGGUGCGACGUUUCUUCAGUUCCCCGCUCAACUUCAACCUGAGAUCGCAUCCCAGUUACUGUUUGACACACAAAAAUGGAAGAAUAACUGAUAACUAUGGUUUUAUCUUGUCCUGUAUGUGUAUAGAAAUAUUAUGAAGAAGCGCAGAAGGAAGUAGCAGAGAUUGAUGUCUCCGAGUGUACGGAGUGAGUUCUGUUAGCUCACUUUGCUAAUAUUAACUUUUUAAAAAAUUAUCCAAUACGAAGCCGAUCACGGGCAGCACGGUGGUGUAGUGGUUAGCGCUGUCACCUCACAGCAAGAAGGUCCGGGUACGAGCCCCGUGGCCGGCGAGGGCCUUUCUGUGUGGAGUUUGCAUGUUCUCCCCGUGUCCGCGUGGGUUUCCUCCGGGUGCUCCGGUUUCC